CUAAAUAGAACCGUUGUUUCCAGCCGUAACGUUCCAUUUGUGUACAGUUAAUACUUGCCGGUAUAUCCGGGUGGCAGUAUCACCAAUUGUUUCCGUUAUAUAUACAUAUAUAAGCAAAAUCCUAUAAAUAGUGGGGGAGAGAGAGAGGGAUUAGGGGUUAGGGUUUACAGCAAACCCACAUUCUUCUUCUCUCUCGUGACCGGAAAUGGCCUUCCAAUCGCAAGCCGGCUCAGAUAUCUCCACCAAAGAAGCGAACCUAAAGGAGGAACUGCAAGAUCCUGGAUUCUCAGGCCAAAGUUGCUGCUGUUUUUGGAACUACCCGUGUUUCCAGACCCGACAACCCGAUAACUGGGAGAGGGUAUCACCGCCGGAGAAAGAGCAAGAAAUCGCCGGAGGCUUGUGGGGGAAGGGAAUAAACGCCUUGAAGAAGGUUAGGGAAUGGUCGGAGCUCGUCGCCGGUCCGAAAUGGAAGACAUUCAUCCGCCGGUUCAAUAGGGCGACGGUCCGGUCCAAAACAGGAAAAUUCCAGUACGAUCCUUUGAGUUAUGCUUUGAAUUUUGAUGAAGGGCAGUGGCAAGACAGUCAAUUGGAGAAAGAUUGGCCAGCAUGGGACUUUUCGGCCCGGUUUGCGGCGAUUCCGGUGUCAACUAAAGGGUCGAUGGAGUUUGGCAAGGACGAGCCACUGUUCGCGUGAGGAAGAAGCCGGUUGAUUUGGCGUUCGACGUUUUGACGGUGAAUGAAAGCGGUCGGUUGAUAAAUUGAUUCUGUUUUUAGCGUUUCCAUUAAAUUAAUUCAUUAUUCUUUUGGGGGAUUAUUGUAACUGUUUUAUUAUUUAUUUUUUUUUCACUUUUAAGGGAUUAUUGUAAGACUGCAAUUUUAUGUUAAAAUUUUUGUUGAUUAUGAAGUUGACAAGGAAAUGUGACAUGUCUUCUUGUA